UUUUUCUCUCCAAAGAAAAUUUCCAAAUAAAGCCCGUCCGAGGGACAGACGGAGUGUGAGAGUCCUGGUAGGGGUAACUCGCCUAAAUCCCGAAAACCAUGCUGAAGUUUGUGUUAUUGUCUCUUUGUGUGGGUUUGGCGAUGGGCAGCUCAGUGGACAGAGGAGGACAUCUGGACAUCAGUGAGACCCUGGAGGCGCAUGUAGCGCAGGGACAGAGCACUUUAAACGAGAUGUUCAGAGAGGUGGAAAAACUGAUGGAGGACACAAAACACAAACUUGAAGAGGCUGUGCACCAGAUGGAGAACGAGUCUUCAAAAGCAUUGUUACAUGGACACAACCUACCGGACAGUUUUCACAAUGAAACUACAACAGAGAUUAAGAUUGGCAAUCGGACAAUCCAGCUGAUAGAGAGGAUUGAUAAGGAAACAGACCGUAAGACUGGGAAAACUCAAAUUUCCAGAACUCUCAUUCAGGGCCCCAGCCGAUGGAAUGAAGUAGAUCAUGAGUGUAUGAUUGAUGAAGAUUGUGAAGAAGGAAGCUACUGUCUGUAUGAGAUUAUCACCUCUAAAUGUGUCCCGUGCCAGAUGACUAAUAUGGAGUGCUUAAAAGACGAGGAGUGUUGCGGCGAGCAGCUGUGUGUUUGGGGCGUUUGUGCUCAGAAUCGAACCAAAGGACAAUCCGGAACAAUCUGUCAGUACCAGAGCGACUGUAGUCCUCAACACUGCUGUGCCUUUCACAAAGCCCUCCUCUUCCCCGUGUGUCGACCGAAGCCACAGGAAGGCCAGGGCUGUCACGACCACCCUAACCAAUUAAUGGAUCUCAUGCUGUGGGACGAGGAGGGGCCACGCGAGCACUGUCCUUGUGCUGCAGGCCUGCACUGUCAGCCUCUUGGGAAACACUCGGCGUGUGUGGAUGAGAGGAAUUCAUCUGGUGAAGGGACUGAACAUUUUGACAGGAACUGAACAUCAUCAGUGUUAUAGUGCAUUUCUGUAAUUUAUUUUAUACGAUUUAAAGAAAUCAUUUUAGCCCUUGGUCUGCAAUACUUCAAGAUCAACAGGCAGGACCUCCCUAUACUCACACCAUUGUUUAAGAGCAACUGUGCGUUUUUUUAACUUUUUGGGGAAUCAGUCUGCAAAUGGUUAACUUAUCAAUGUGUUUGCAAAUUAAGCUGGGUUAAGAGACAGUAUUUCAUCGCAACGAAAAAACUUUUUUGAAGUCAGUGCAAUGUUCUCAUUUUGUGGACCUGCUGUAUGUUACUUCCAUAUUAAAACCAUUCAUUUUUAAGGAAACAAAUAUAUUUGUUAAUGUAACUUAUUCAAAUCUAAACAACAGAUGGCAGUAUUGAGUCGUGUUAGUUGUGGCUUCCCUGCUAAAAAAAAACAAUAGACACCAUCACAGAAAUUCUAAUGGUUUUAUUGGGAAUUUUAUUGGUUCUAAUGGAAUAUGGCCCAAAACACACUACAGUGUAGUGGUUUUAAUGGUAAAAAGCUAAUGGUUCCUAUUGGUAUUUUAAUGGAACCCAUUAGAAUUUUCUGUAAUGGUUUUGUUUUUUCAGCAGGGUUAGGCCAUGGGUUUUCAAACUUUAUGUUGGCAAGACCCUCAAAUAUGAUAAACCUUAUGCGAGGGACCUCCAUGGAGGCUCCAUCCUAAUAAUAUAUCCAUUUAUAUAUUUUUUUUAUAAAACAUUUAAACUCUGUUAGAUAAAUAGUAAGUAUAGUAACUAGUUUUAUUAUAUAUAUUCAUCGCCAUUAAUCGUUAUGCAUCACUUUUGCAGAUAACAACAAACACUCGGCUUUCGUGGUCACGUAACUUCCGGUAAACUCAGCUAAGAAUAAUAAACAAUGACAUUUAAAUGAAGUUUAUUUAUAUAACAAGCUAAAUAAACAACACGUAGAUUACAUAGGAAACGAAAACAUUUGUUAUUUUCAACGAGGUAUUUGUUCAAGAGUUCAGUUUAGCAACUAGUCGGACCAUUAAAAACUGAAACCGGAAGUAAAGUUCGGACCAGACGCAUCGCGUCACCGCACGUGCGUCCGAUGAAACCGUCUAUGGUAGAUUUGUAAAAUUUUUGCUUUACAUUUUCUCUAAAAAAAAAAUUUCGGGAAACACUUAGAACCUUCUGGGGGUCCCCGGAUCCCAAUGUGAAACCCCCUGGCUUAUGCUACAGUACAAUAGACCCUUUUACAGCUCACGUGAUCAAAUAGCCUGCGCGCGCAUUUGGGCAACAGAAGUGGUGUUAUUCCCCAUUGGUUCUAACGUGGUAGCAACUCAGAAAGUUUAUUAAAACGGUUUCUCAACAUCAAAAUGUCCCGUUGUUGCGUUUGGUUGCACUAAUAUAAUAUACUAAUAUACGUAUAUAUGUAUCUGGCAACUUUAUUUUUGGCCAUCUGCUAACGUCUUUUAUCCACUCCACUAUAGUACACGGAUCUGGUAGCUGUAUUGAAAAUGUUGAUAAAGUAAAUUUUUUUUAAAUAACUUACUGUUUGUGUUGCUUCGUUGUUGAUUCUUACGAUACUUCCGUUGCCUAAAUGCGCGCGCAUACGCUGCCACGUCAUCAUUGUGUAAAAACAGUAAAAGGGUCUAUUAGUCAAAUACAGUGUAAAGUCUAAAGAAAAUUCAGUUAAAAGUCUUACAAACAUUUUCAAAAGUUGGACAGUUGAGUUUAGUAGUUGUAUUUUACCUAUAAGUUAAUAUGGAAAUCAAAUGAAAAUAAAGCGGUCGCAAUGAUGACUCACUGAACCAAGUUCACAUAGGUUAUUCUUUAUUUCUUUUGGUUUACAAAUGAAAGGCACCCAUUGAUUAUUGUUAUCCCCUGUGACACUGAAAAGUGGUGAAUUACAAUUCUCUCUCUCUUUCUCUCUCUCUCUCUCUCUC